UGGGGCGGACGAUGCGGCGGCGCGGCCGGAGCGGCGGCGGGAAGCGGAGGCGGAGGUGACGCGCCGGGGCCGGCGGGCCGGGCCAUGCAGCGCUCCCGGGCGGCUGCGGACGAGGCGGCCCUGCUCCUGGCCGGGCUGGCCCUGCGGGAGCUGGAGGCGGGCGGCGACUCUCCAGGCCGGGGUCGGCGGGGGCCGCGGCCCGGGCCAGGAGACGAGGCGGCGCAGGCGCUGGGCCGCAGAGGGAAGGGCGGCGGCGGCGGCGGCGGCGGCCCCGAGGCCGGGCCGGACGGACUGAGCCGUGGGGAGCGAGGCCCGCGACGCGCGGCGGCCCCCGAGCUCAGCGCGCAGCCUGCGGGCAGCCCGCGGGCCAGCCUGGCGGGCUCCGACGGCGGCGGCUGCGGCAGCGCCCGCUCCAGCGGCAUCAGCCUGGGCUACGACCAGCGCCACGGCAGCCCGCGCUCCGGCCGCUCGGACCCGCGCCCCGGCCCCGGGCCGCCGUCGGUGGGCAGCGCCCGCUCCAGCGUGUCCAGUCUCGGCUCCCGCGGCUCGGCCGGCGCCUACGCCGACCUGCUCCUGUCCGGCGCGGGUCCCGCGCCCACUCGCUCCCCGGAGCCUGCGGGGCCGGCCCCCUUUCCUCUGCCUUCGCUGCAGCUGCCCGCGGGCCGAGAGGGCGGCCCGAGCGCGGCGGAGCGGCGGCUGGAGGCGCUGACCCGCGAGCUGGAGCGGGCGCUGGAGGCGCGCACGGCGCGGGACUACUUCGGCAUCUGCAUCCAGUGUGGGCUUGGCAUCUACGGAGCAAGGCAGGCGUGCCAGGCAAUGGGGAGCCUGUAUCACACAGAUUGCUUCACCUGCGACUCCUGUGGCAGACGGCUUCGAGGGAAGGCGUUCUACAACGUGGGUGAGAAAGUCUACUGCCAGGAGGACUUCCUGUACUCCGGGUUCCAGCAAACAGCUGACAAGUGUAGCGUGUGUGGACACCUCAUCAUGGAGAUGAUCCUGCAGGCCCUUGGGAAGUCCUACCACCCAGGCUGUUUCCGGUGCUCAGUGUGCAACGAGUGCCUGGACGGGGUGCCUUUCACCGUGGACCUGGAGAACAACAUCUACUGCGUUAGAGACUAUCACACGGUUUUUGCACCAAAAUGUGCCUCCUGUGCCCGUCCUAUCCUCCCUGCACAGGGCUGUGAGACCACCAUCCGUGUGGUGUCCAUGGACAGAGACUACCACGUGGAGUGUUACCACUGUGAGGACUGCGGGCUGCAGCUGAGCGGGGAGGACGGACGCCGCUGCUACCCCCUGGAGGGCCACCUGCUGUGCCGCCGCUGCCACCUGAGGCGCCUCCGGCCAGGCCCCCUUCCCUCACCUGCCGUGCACGUCACGGAGCUCUGAGCGCGGAGGGGGAGCCCCGCGGGGGCCGCGCGUGCGUGCGUGUGCGUGCGUGUGCGUGUGCGUGCGUGAGAGAGCGCGCCCGGGCGGGAUGGGUGACCAGGUCAGUGUCGCAGCUCCGUGUCCCGGAGGCGCGGCUGCCCCGCUAACCCCCCCCACCCCCCACAUGCCAUCGAGCUGUCGUCCGAGGGGCCGGCCCCGCGGCGGAGCUGCUUCUAUUUAUUCACCGUCUGUGCCUCCUCCGGCCGCUUCCUUCCUUCCCGGCCCUGCCCGGCCUCCCCCACCCCCGUACCCCCCGACCCCGCCGCCCCACGCCGGCCUUCUGUUCCCGGACCCCUGCGCCCCGCGGCUUCGGGCCGGCUCCCAGACCGCGUGCAGGGGCGCGGGGUGCAGGGCCGCCCUCCUCCUUCCUCUCACUGGCCCUCCGUUUCCCGGUUCAGAAGGGGCCCCGUCUCAGACCUCUCCUGGAGGGGCAGGGGUGGGGUCUGGCAGGCGGGGGUUGGCGGAGGACACGCGUGUUUGCGUGUCUCAUAAGAGCCUUUGGUGGGUGGGAAGGGCGUCCUGUGCGGGUGGGGUCACAGGAGGGGGUGAAGAAUGACACCCUUGGGGAGCGGGGGCCUGCCGAGGAGCCCUGCCUUUGGCCACAGUGGGAUUUGGUCACCGGGAUUCUGAUGGGUGUUUUCAGCCACCAUCUCGCCCGGGUCUCCCCAUCCCUGGCUCCAGGCUUGGGGACCACCCCUCCCUCCGGCCCCCUCCGCUCGCCAUCCUUCAGCCUUGGGAAAAGAACCUUCUCACGCAAAUUCCAGCCACAGGGCUCUCGGUCAAGAGAGACCACGAGGGGGCGCCCUGUCCGCGUGGCAGGGCGAACACCUGUUGCAGGAACGCUCUGCGUAUCAGGCUCCACGACAAAAGCGUAUGAUUUGACUUAAAUUAAGUUUUUCCUUUGAGAAUAUUUUCAUUUUCUUUAAAAGAAUAUAGUUUUCUUCUAAAAACUUGGCCCACGGUUGUUAUUUCUUAGACAAAUUACAAGAAACACAAAUGUCCUAUUGGGAGAUCAUAUAGCUAGUUUUCAGGCUGUAAAAAUGUUGUAUUUUAACUAUUUUUGUAUAAAUCCUUCUAAAAUCUCAAUAUGUGUUUGCUUUUCAGACUUCGGAAUAAUGUGGGGUUUUGUGUCCGUGUCUGAAGAGCAGUGACCUAAUGAAAUGUGGUUUGGGGAAAUGCAGAUUAAUUUUCUUUCUCUGAAAGACACAUCAGCAUUGGGAAGCUGGGACUUCUCAGCGAUGGCUUAUGUUGGAUUUGUACCCGUGGGUGGCUCCUGCGGCAAGAGACCCCUAAUCAUGAUAACCCAUCAGUGGGAUAUUUUGACUUAAGUUCAUUUGUGCCUGAGUCACCAGUAAGCUGCUCCUGGCCACUGCUCUUGCCCUCCCCUGUUAGAUGUGGUCUCUUUGCUUGUAGGAUCACAGCUGGGGAAGCAAGGCUGUAGGAAUCAGAACAGAACGUUGUCCCAGAUUGCCUUUUGGGAUUCAUUGGAGAGGAAGCGGCAGCCGUUGGGGGCCAGCUGGACUGAGGCCUGGAGCUGUGGGGCCCCCUGGCGGACUGAGGGGAGCAAGUACACGGGUAGUUUGGUGUUCACCAAGUAUCUGUAUAAAGGCAGAGGUUGUCCUGGGAUGGGGGAAGUGUGUGUUUUCUGAGAAGGGGACUUUGAUAAGAUCAGGGUGGCUUCUUGGAGGCAGUGAUCUCAACGGGGCAAGAGAGUACAUUUCAGGAACGGGAGGCUGUUUCUGGCUUUCUCUUACUACUGAGCUGGGUGGUUUUGCUUUCUAGCCAGUUACUGCAAAGCUUUCUUCUGGUUGUCCUCUCUUUUUGCUUCUGACGUCAAAGCUGCUGCUUUGCCCUUGGUCUCUCCUUGCUGCAAACUCACCCGUUCUCUUUUCUCUUCCUUUGUGUGUGCUGUGCAGAUGACCCCUGACCUCUCAGCCAUGGAGGUCACCACCCACACCUGCUCCAGCCUGGUUACUGCGUCUCCCUAAUCCAGCGUGGGGGGAGUCAUCACGUUGUGGAGCCCACUCCGAGUUCCUGGGCCAUGCAUUGUUGAAAGUCAGGGCAAAGGAAUGCGUGGCCCUGGGGGGCAGUGGCCUUGUCUCUGUCUGCACUUGGCUCUUUUUCUCUGGGCUCCAGGGCUCUGUGUCGCUUCAGUCAGGACUGGUGACCGCCACUGCCCCUUUUACCGCAGAGCCUUUGCACACGCUGUUGGCUCUGCCUGGAUCCGCUUUCCUUCCGGGUUAAAUCCUUGAGCUCUCAGCCACAGGAAUACAUCAGGCUUCCAGGUAUCACACGGCACUGAAAACCCGGAAUCUGGGGUCCUUGCUCUCCAAGCUCAUUUUCCCAAAGCAGCAUCUUCCAGUCCGUUUUCAGGAGUUAUGCUGACCUGAUGGUUGUUGAGGCUGAGGGAGCGGUGUGAGAGCCAGACUCUGAGCCAGGUAGAUUGCCGAUGACCCUCCAGCCCUGGGUGCCAAAGCCACCUGCCGUUAGGAUAUCUCCCUGGAUGUUGGCACCUAACUGCCUUUGAUCACUGCUGUACUUUGGUGUGUCAUACUGCUGUCUGUCUCCUCACUCGACAGUGUGCUCUCCAGGCCGGGAUCUGUCUGGGCCGUUCACUCUUGUCUCCAUGCUGCCCUGGCCUUUGGGGGUCUCAACUCAGGACCCCACUACCACAUUGGUUUGCAAAUCUGAGUGCAGCCUUAGUUGCCCGAUGGAGGAGCCGGAGGUGGGAUGUAAAGACCCAAGAAUAGGGGUUUGCACAGAUAACUAUACACACUGCACAUCGGGUGUGUGCAGAGGUGUCCCAGGUGGUACACUUCCAGGUGUGCCUUUGUGCUGGGGUGCCUAGAGGCACAGACCUUUGAGUGCUGGGUCCCUGCUGUGAGUGUGUGUGUGUGUGUGUGUGUGUGUGCGCGCGCGCGCGUGUGAAAGAGAAUCCCUGAGAUACCGAGAAAGAUUGUGAGUGAGUGCAUGUUUGAGAGAGAGCAUGAGAGAUUGAUCAGGAGAGAUGGUGAGAGAGAGAGAGACAUUGUAUGACAGAUCGAGUGAGAGAAUGGUGGGGAGCGAGAUUGAGAAGGAUAUUGAGAGACAAUGAGCAAGAGGGAGAGAGAGAAAGGGAGGGCGGUUGAAUUAAUUGAAUGAGGCCAAGAGAACCUGGUGUCCUUUCCCCACUCAUUCCUACAACGUGGGGUGCCCCCAGUGAUUUGGAGGGCUCUCAGCCUCAGAGACCCUGUGGAGGCCAGCCCACAAACAGAAAAGGCCCAAAUCCUGUAUUUGACUAUAGGCCUGGGGUGGGGGUGUCUGCGAUGGUGGGUUCUGGGAGUGGGUCUUGGGCUUGGGGUGCCUUCACGGUCCUGAGGGAGCAGGGGAUGGUGUUGACCCCUCCUGGUCAGUGUUUCCUGCUGCUCUCUGGCCAGGAAACAAAGAUGAGAGCGUGCUGAGCUACAGAGGAACUUGAGUGCCUUCUGUGGGCUUGCUCUGCAGGAGCUAGAAGGGGUGGGCAGUUGGGGCAGUGUUCAUGGGACCUGGGAGGGGCAGGGCAUGGACACCCAUGGAAGCAGAAUUCUGGAGAGCAACGUGGGCCAAGGAAUGACUUGGGGUCAGUGGGGUAGUCUGUGGUGCUGACUGACGCGUGGGGCUUUGUUCACCACCAGCUUCUCCCACCUCAACCCGCAUCUCGCCUCUAGUUAGCAGAUGCUCCCCAGGAGGGGUGAGGGCUGCAGCAGCUGUGGGGGUAGGAGGAGGCUCCACCUGCAGGGGCUCUAGCAGGGCUGUGGGUUGGGAUCUGAGGGCAGGUCUGGGAGUUUGCUGGUGACCUUCCACCCAGGGCCGCUCUGGAGGACCUGGCCGUGCAUGGUGUGUGGGUGUUGGGGCUCUGCGCACCCUGAGUGGGCAUGGGGGUUUCCUGGCUGGGAGAGGGGUGCAUGCUCUGGCCGAGAUGUGGGGCUCGGAGAUGGGAGGGGUCGGUGUGGCCCAGGAGGAGGUGGGGAAGCUCCUCCGGAGCCAUCCGGGGAGGGAUUCUGUGUGACAGUGUCUCCUGGGGUAGCAGGCCCAUCCGGAGGCAGUGGGCACUCACCAGGUGCCUGGGUCCUGGAGACGGAGCCCAGGGAGGGUGUGGGGUCCCGGGGAACCUGGAGAACCCAAGAGGGACAGAGCUGGAGCGGCAGGGUGCCUUCUCCCCUUCCAUCUUUUUUCUCUGGCCCUGAGCGCCCUGCUGGGCUGCCCUCCCAGAGCCUGGGGGUGGGGGUGUCACAGUUGACCUUUUCCUGUCCUGCAGGGGACAUGGGCCCCCCUCCCCGGGCCUCCCUGGGCUGGCGGGACUGUGGCCCUGAAACAUCUGUACUUGGCAAGGAAGUGGCCAGCAGUGGUGCUGGUGUGCCUGUCACAUGCUCACCUGUCACUCCUGUUGCCCCACAGCAGUGCACUUCCUCUCCACACCUGUGCAGGUGCACCCGCGUGCCACACCACCUGCCCUGUCCACGGGGUAUGUAACUGUCUCACAGACUCCACCUCCCGGGCCUGAAGCUGCUAGCACGCAUCUGCCCAGGCACCUGUGUGACGCAGCCGGCUCAGUUCUCUGUGACAGUGCCUGGUCCAUCCGUGUCCCUGUCCUCGGUCAGCCUUGCGGACCCUGAGGGUGGGGCUUGAGUCCAGGAGGGGCAUUUCAGCAGGCCCAGUGUUUACUCAGCCUGCUUCAAUCCCAGAUUGUUUGGGAAACACGCUCUUCCCCCUGAGCCAGCCGCAAGCCUCUUCCGCUGGGCCCUCUGCCUGGGGUCGAUUUCAGCCACUCUCCGCUGUCCUUGCAGCCAGAUGGGGGCGUCGAGUCUCGGCCUUCCCAGCUCGGCUCAGCUCUCAGCUGUCACCCACCAUGUGGUUGACUAUGACCCUGCGGAGGGGGCCUUCCUCCAAUGUGGGGAAGAGGUCUUACGGGGAGUGAUGGAUGAGGCCCACUGGCCGAGGCGAGUGCGCAGAGAAGGCUCUGUCUGUGAGGAGACAGACUGACCAGGCCAGUACCACAUGGACUGGGAGGCAGAGAGGGGAUCCACCCUGUCAUGUAUGGGGGUCAGGAGCCACUCAUGUGGGUGAGGAGCCCCACGGUCCUAGGGGAGGACCACAGGAGCCCUGGCUGGGAGUGGUGGGGUCUCGCUGCUGAGUCAGGGGGGAAAGUUUGCAUUUAGCUGUGAGGUGGGCCCACCUUCCCUCCCUGUCCCCUUCUUUUUUCCUUCUCGCUCUUCUUAUUUAUUUAUUUACUUUUAAAGAUUUUAUUUUAAAGUAAU